UGUUGUCCAGCCACGUCCUCCCAAAUCUAUCUUCACCGAGCAGGAAGGUCGUGUUGGAGGCUGCACAUAGCAUCCCACAUCGUCAGCAGGCAACCCGGCCGCCGGUAUAAAGCAGCUCCGGCUCACAAAGCAGCUCCGUCAUUACCUGAUUAGCUUGGGCCCGAGCUUGACUGGACCUUUUUCCUCAAGAGACCCUCACGACCACGACCAGGCGCAAAGGAAUCUCCUCCGUCACGUUCAUUACUACUUCGGAUCGCGCUACCUUGAACGACAGUUGGUGACCGCCCAGGUCUCCAUCCCAUGCCGUUCGCUACCAAGAUACCGAGGCCUCACAGUCCCUUUAGUUCGCGGUCGUAAUAGAAGUACCAUUCGACAUCUGUCGCGCACGUAUAGCUUUGCCAUUGGUGUCACGCGUGGAACGUCGAUAUUGAAAGUCGGGAGCGCAAAAUAGGAGAACGCCGCCUCAUCCCAGAUCAUCAUGGACAUCAAUUCGCUAUUGUCGCCAUCGGACUCGCCUGCGGGCACUCCCACACCCCAACCGCAACCUGCCCUCCCAUCGCCUUCAAUGCUACAAUCGCCGAGCAAGCGCGCAAUACGCCAGUUGCCCUCGCGAACGUCGUCGGGCCUUAGCCAGCAGGUCACCUCUUCCCCGCAGCCGCACGCCAUCCUCCAACAACUCCCUUCGCCAGGUUACGUCCAUAUCGCAAACGGCGCAAGAGCGGUACACAGCGCAGCAGGCACACCGCAACCCAUCGGCUCGCCGCACGACGCGCGCAUAACUCCGCCACACCCUCUGUUUCGGCAGGGGUCGACACCAGGCAUGGACACGUUGGCUGAUCUUGCUAGUAUGCAACAGCAGCAGGCAUCGCGACAGAGCUCCGUAGGUCAUCAGCGGCCAGUCACACUCCAACACCUUGGACAACACAUCUCUGGUGAAUCCGUAGCCAGUAUCAUGUCGGAGUCAUCACCACGACCGCGCAGUUUCGUGACGAGAUCCUUGGAUCAACAGCACAUCGAUUGGCUUAAUCAGCUCGACAAAACCUUAAUUGAGAAUCCCUUUGACUAUUACAGUCAUGUCUCGCUUGUCACCACCCUCCACCAAGGCCUGCAGCAUCAUCUCGCCUCUUUCGACUCGGAUCCGAACUCUUACGAAUUAAUGCAGACGUUGCGCGACGCGUACCAAACCAUGUCCGACAAGUAUCCGCUGGGCGAGCUGCUGUGGCAUUACCGCCUCAACGACGAGAAAACCCUUGCGAAGAAUGUGGAAGAGCACAUGGGAGUACUGGAGUUGCACAAGCAAGCGACGCAGGACGAGCCUUAUAGCGCAAAGCUGUGGGCCGCUUACGGAGAGUACGUGAGCUAUUUAGUCGCCUGUUCAUGGGAGCAAGUACCACCAGAGCACUGGUCCGAGGAGGAGAGACUCAUUGGCCGUGAACUCUUCAGCCCGCAAUUCCUACUGGACGCACUACAGCAGGGUGCUGAGAAAGUAAAGUACAAUCUUCAAGAAAGCAACCUCGUUUGGGAUCGGUACCUGCAGGUUUUGGAAGAGGAUCUCGAGCGAGGUGGCUUCAGCCAAGAAAAGGCGGCUAGAGUGGCUGCAGUCUUCAACGAGCGCCUCAGCCAGCCGCAUGCGACGUGGUCGAACACGCUGUCGAGAUACUCCUCCUUCAACUCGCGAUACAACCAGAGUCACUAUGAAGAGGUCAUGGAGCAGGCGGUCCAGAAAAAUACCCAUAUCAAGCAGCAAUAUGCCCAUCGAGAGGAGUACGAAUUCAAGCUACUCCAAGCGAUACAGGCCGGCGACCAGAGCGCAGAGUAUCAUGCAAUGACUCGAUAUCUCAAAUGGGAGAAGAAAACUGCGGGUGUGUAUAGCGUCCAUCUCGUCAGUGCGCUUUACGAGCGCGCUACUCUCCGCUUUCCGGUAGACCCUUCCAUAUGGGAAGAUUAUGUCGAGUUUCUCAUCUGGCAAAAGGAUCGCUCGGUCGAUCUCCUCAACGUGCUGGAGCGCGCGACACGGCACUGCCCCUGGUCCGGAUCAUUGUGGUCUCACCGCAUAUUGACUCUCGAGGCGGAACACAAGGCGUUCGAAGAUCUCGAGCGUGUCAAACACACAGCAACCGGUUCGGGACUUCUGGAGCAUACUAACGUGGAUGAGCUCAUCAAGGUGCAACUUGCCUGGUGCGGAUACCUACGCCGGAGAGCAUUCGAUGAUCCAAGGGCGACAGAAGAGGAGGUUGACGUUGCAGAGGUUGGCAUCCGUUCUGCGUUGGAGUUUGUGCAGGAGGUCGGCAUGAAGAAGCAUGGAAGAGAAUGGGCCGAUCCCCAAUAUCGUCUCGAGCGCCUUCAUAUGAAGUUCUGGCUCCAGCGAAACAACGUUGACGAAGCUCGACAGAUAUGGGAUUCAUUAGUCAAGUCGCAAGCUGAUUCUUACGACUUCUGGUAUCGCUGGUACAUCUUUGAGAUGGUCUUCUGGUCUGCACACGCUACUCGCAAUGAACGGAAUGCAGGCCAGCAUUUACUACCACCGUCACGCGCAACAGCAGUUCUGGAACGUGGCAUGGAGCGUCUCCACACGAUCGAUCACCCUGAACCGAUAAUCGAAAUGUACAUGAACCACUGUGAACAACACGAGUCGGUGCUCAAAGUGCGAAGCGCUACAAUCGACCGAAGACGAGCAGAGCGCACAGUCGCGAUUCGAAGGGAAAAGGAGCGAGCCACGGCUGCAGCAACAACUGCCCAACAAGAAACUCCAGAGAGUCAAGUCGCAGAAGGCUCCGGGAAGCGGAAGAGGGAAGAUUUGAAUGUUGAAGGCGACGCUACCCUGAAGAAAAGCAAACUCUCAGACGUAGGGGAAGCGCAUAACGCUGCAGCCAAUGGACAAGCUAGGCUAGCCAGUGAAGCGCCAUCGGAGGCUCGCUCAACUGGGCCGAAAAGAGAUCGCGAGCAUACCUCUGUCAUCGUCAAGAAGCUCCCCGCCGGUACGACGCAGAAUCGAAUACGCCAGUUUUUCACCGACGCUGGAGCCGUUCGAAACCUGGUAAUGAAAGAGGAACAGGACAGCCUAACGGCUAUCGUCGAAUUCGAGACCUCGGAGGAAGCUGAUUAUGCCUUGAGUAAAGAAGCGAAAGGAUUCGAGGGCCACAACAUCUCCAUCGAGCGAGGAGAGAGUACAACGCUGUACGUCACGAACUACCCCGCGCACGCCGAUGAAGCCUGGCUCCGAAAGCUCUACAGCCCGUUUGGAGAGAUCCUCGGCAUCCGAUUCCCAUCGCUCAAGUUCGACACACACCGCCGUUUUUGCUAUGUGCAGUUCGUCAAGGCGGAGGACGCGAUUGCAGCAACCCAGCUCGACGGCACCGACGUGGAGGGGUUCAAGCUCAUUUCCAAAAUUUCCGACCCGAAUGCCAAAAAGCAUCGCGAUGGUGCGACCGCUGAAGGCCGCGAAGUCUACAUAUACCGCCUCAACUUCAAAAUUAAGCAGCAUGAGAUUGUAGAAGCCUUCUCAAAGUUCGGCAAAAUCGAGAGGACCAAGUGCCCCAUUAUCAAAGCUACAGGAAAUAACAAGGGCUUUUGCUACGUCGUUUACGAGACCAAAGAGAGCGCCAAUGCAGCAGUCGCGGAGAUGGAUGACAAGAGCUUCUGGGGCUUUGAUUUGAAGGUGCAAAUUGCCAGCGACCGGGCAGACACGAAACCAAAGAUCAAAUCGACACUCGAGAAUGCUGGUAGCUCGGACACUCACGAAUCGACCCCUGGGCAAGCCAUCGACAACCCCGCAUCAUUUAGCGAGCGGACCAUUGCCAUUCUCAACCUACCUGAUACUGUCCCUGACGCACGCAUCAGGCCGCUUGUCGAGUCCUUUGGCUUCAAGAAAAUCAAGCUCGAACCACAACACGGCGGUGCCAUUAUCGAGUUCACUUCAGUCGAAGGAGCGAGUAAAGCUGGGUUCGCACUCGACGGCAAGGAUUUUGAAGGGAGGAAGCUUCACAUUGGAACGGUCCAGGAGUUGAACAAGCAAAAGAGUGAAUGGAAAGCGGGCAGCAGCUUCAUCCAGCCAAAUCGCGUCAACCGGCCAACCGCCCGUGGAGGCGGACGAGGUCGUGGAAAGGUUGGCCUUGGUCGGCCUGGUAUACCCAGGGCGCCUGCAACGGCAAACGGCGAGGCGAAGAGUAACGCAGACUUCCGAGCUAUGCUGUUGAAGGAGUCUGCAAAGGAUUCGGAGCAGGACAAGGAUAAGAUGGGGAACUAAUGGCAGAGGUUAACGAUAGCAUUUCAGAGUCAUCUCAUCACUCUGGCGGUGUUCAUUCCAGGGAACGGUUUUUCACGGAUGGCGUACUGCCGGCUCAUGAUCACUGCAUACUUUGGCGUUUGGGGUUGCUUUUGGUAACGCAAAGGAAUAGUAGUGACAGAGAGUUUCAAGGCUCGGUCAUGUAUGUAUGUAGAAUAAUUUAAUAGGGAGUAAUUCGUGUCCAAUACACCCCUGUUCUCGAU